AUGUCGCACACCACUCCGCUCACGACAGGUUGGCAGGGCUACAUUGCAUCGACACUCGACGCUCUGCUGCUUUUCGAAUGGGCAUUAAGCGGCCGUAUCAGCCAAGUUUCUCGUCGCCCAAACGACAGAGAACGAGAGGAGCUCAUUAAAAGCGGCAGCAUCUUUAUCUAUCAGGAGCGGGCGUCUGGGAUCAAGCGCUGGACCGAUGGCAAGUCUUGGAGCCCAAGCAGAAUCCUGGGUAACUUUCUCAUCUAUCGGGAAAUGAAUAAGCCUUUUCCACCAGGCCAGAAGAAGCGUGCCAAGAAACGAUUUGCCUUGGGCUCGCUUGACGGUUUGACGAAGUCCAAGGGCACAUCGCCUUCGGACAAUGACGACUUUCCCUCCCAUGCGUCAGAACAUGCGAGGCACCUUCGCCUGUUUAUUGGCUCACUAGUCGACUCAUUUUCUUUUAAGGAGAACGGCCUUGUCAAGAAAACGAUCAGUAUCAAGUAUCGCAACGCCUCGCACCGCAUUAUUAGCUACUACAGUGUUGAGGACGUCAUUCAAGGGAAGCUCCCUACGCCAUCUCGGGACCAGGCAUUUCGAGAUCUUAUUCCCCGUGCCGAGCUCACGACCUCUCAAAAGUUUCGAGUCUCCUCCGACAGGGUCAAGCGCAGUUCGAAAGAGUUACUGGCUACCGAUACAAACCUGGGCGAGUUUGUGGGCUACAGCAACGAGCACCCUCUGCCUUUUACCACAGCCACGAGCCGCUUCAUGACGGUCAACUGA